GCGCUGUGAGGAGAUCCGUCAUCUGCUGACCCGGUUUGUAAACAGCAGCCGGGCGGUCAGUGGAGGACCGGGCAGCUAAUAACUGACAUUAAAGCUGUUAGUAAUCAUGGCUAAAUAACAGAUAGUUUAAUUAUUAGUUCAAUAUAUUAUUGUCACAGCUUUAUCUUUGUUUCAAGUCUUCAGCGGCAGGAUGAUCUCUCAGGUCUUCAUCUUGUCCUCAAAGGGGGACCACCUCAUCUAUAAAGACUUCCGCGGAGAAGCAGGAAGUGACGUCGUCGGUAUUUUCUACGAGAAGGUCACAGCGCUGACCGGAGACCAGCCUCCGGUUGUCAUGAGUCACAAAGAUCUUCACUUCGUCCACGUCCGGCAGGGAGGGCUGUACUGGGUCGCCACGACAACGGCUGACUCCUCCCCCUUCACCAUCAUCGAGUUCCUCAACAGGUUUACAGCUCUGGUUAAAGAUUACUGCGGCAGUCUGUCGGAGAAGUCGGUGCAGAUGAACUUUGCCCUCAUCUACGAGCUGCUGGACGAGGUCGUGGACUACGGUUACAUCCAGACGACGUCCUCUGACGUUCUGAAGAACUUCAUCCAGACCGAGGCGGUCUCCUCCAGACCGUUCAGCCUGUUUGACCUCAGUAACGUCGGUUUGUUUGGAGCAGAGACACAACAGAGUAAAGUGGCUCCGAGCUCUGCAGCCACCAGGCCCAUCCAGUCCAGCAGAGAGCAGGGAGGGAAGAGCGAGAUAUUUGUGGACGUGAUCGAGAGGAUGUCGGUCGUCAUCGGCACCAACGGAGUUCUGAUGAAGGCCGACGUCGAGGGAGAGAUCAGAGUCAAGUGCUACAUGCCGAGCUGCUCAGAAAUGAGAAUCGGUCUGAACGAAGAAUUCAGCAUUGGAAAGUCACAGCUCAGAGGUUACGGGGCCGCUGUUCGUGUCGAUGAGUGCAGCUUCCACCAGGCGGUCCGACUGGAUGAGUUCGACAGCCACCGGAUCCUCCGACUCUGUCCCAGCCAGGGAGAGCAAACGGUGAUGCAGUACCAGCUGAGUGAUGAUCUGCCUUCAGCGCCUCCUUUCCGCCUCUUCCCAACCAUCGAGAGAGACAGCGGAGGAAGGCUGCUGAUGUACCUGAAGCUCCGCUGUGAUCUGCCACCAAAGAGCGCUGCCAUCAACGUCUGCGCCACCAUCCCCGUCCCCAAAGGCUCUGUGAGUCUGUCUCAGGAGCUCAGCAGUCCGGAUCAGAGCGCCGAGCUGAAGCUGCAGAACAGAGCCGUCGACUGGAAGAUCCCUCGCUUCCCCGGAGGAACACAACUGUCUGCUCUGUUCAAGCUGGAGGUCCCCGGCCUCAGCUCGGCCUCCAUGCUGGAGGUCGGUCCGGUUGGCCUGAGCUUCGAGCUGCCCAAGCUCACCGUCACGGGGCUGCAGAUCCGCUUCCUCCGCCUGUCCCCUAUCCAGCCGGGCCCGUCGCAGCGCUGGGUCCGAUACGUCACGCACUCCGACUCCUACACCAUCAGGAUUUAACUCCAGUCACCUCCCGGUCUGACCACUCAUCAGUUUCAUGAUGGGAGGAAGUAGAUUUCACAAUAAGAUGUACAAACUGUAAAUGUUUUAUUAAAUAUUGACUGUAUUUAUUUCUGUUCUCUGCAGAUUUAUUACUCCACAGGAAGCAACCAUUGUGCUGGUUUUAAUUAAAUGAUCAGUCUCGUGAUGUUCUGUAUUUCUCUUCAUGUCUACAAUCCUUGUUCAGACUCUUUUCAUUACGCUCAUUUAUGCUUCCUCACGUCAUCUCUCCCCCCUCCACCACCACGUAGAAAUGCUGCCGGCUGAAGAACACGAGUGCUGUUUGUAUGUUUCUUAUGAUUAAUUGACCAUUUUAAAAUCAUUCUUUAUGGUCAGAGCUGCCAGUAUGGAGAUCUACACACAGUGUAACAGAAUACAGUCACAUAAUGUUGUGUGUGAUAAAUAAUCUACAGGAUCAUUUAAUCUCA